AUGAAAGAUUCUGUUACCUUGGCUGUGAAGAACAAUAGUAAUCUCUCAUUUUUUUGGGAUCCUUGGUGCAGCAAAAAAUCAUUGGCUGAGCUAUCUUGCCCUUUGUCCUUCUCUAGCUUGAAACUCUCUGAUGUCUUUGCACUGGAUAAUUGGAUUUUGCCUGCUGGGUUGCCUGCUGAUAUUGCUUCUCAAAUUUUGCUGGUUAAUUUUAGCUCUAUGCCUAACACCAUUAACUGGGAUGGUGUUGUUUCUCCUUCAAGGUUUAUUUUCUCUAAAUCAUACUUCUCUUUUAUGGAUGAUGUUAACUGGGCAAAAUUUGUUUGGACUAAGGGCUAUGCUUUGAGGUACGCGUGCUAUGUCUGGAUGGCUUUGCAAAGCAAACUUAAAACUGCUGAUCAGCUUAUCUUUAGAGGAAUUUCUGUUUCUGCUGCUUGCUCAUUUUGUGCUUCUAAUCGUGAAAGUCACUCGCACUUGUUCUUUGAAUGUGACUUUAGUUUUAAUAUUAUUACUGCUCUGUUUCCUGUUAUGAAAAGUUUCUACCUCAGACCGAAUUUGCUUCAGGUCUAUGAUUUCUUGAGUAGUAUUAGAGAUUUUAACAAAAUUGAUGUUCAGUUUUGCUUCUUGGUUAUCUCUAUCUUGGUUUACUGGAUUUGGAGGGAGAGAAAUGGCAGGAAAUUCUCUUCUUUAAGAAGGAAUAACAUUGAGCUGUUGCGUGUGAUCAUUCAUGCUAUUAGAGCUAAGUGCUGUAUUUCUCUAUGUACUAUUGGCCCGUUGAUUGGUUGCAGUCGGUCUGGCUGGACAAUGAUGAAGCUCCCGCUGAGUUCCUUGGAUGGCCUUUGGAUCUGGACUGAAGGCUGUUCAUCAUUUUCUUCCUGCUGCUCGUCGGAUCUUCUUGCUGAAAGCUGCUUGUUUAAUCUCUUCUUUACUACCAUUUUGGUUCAUAAUGCUUGA